AUGGCUACUGUUGCAUUAGGAUUGCCCAUAUUAUCAGGAGAACCCGAAGAAGAUAUUGAACAAUUUAUUAACCUUUUCGCAGGACAUUUAGAUAGUCUUGGUAUUAAUCCUGCAGAUGUAGCAGGUGGUCCUCCAUCUGGGAGUAAAAGAGCUGUGGGUAUUCUCAGAGCAUGUAUGAAAGAAUCGGCGGCCAUUUGGUUUGAUGAGCAUAUUACUGGAAAACGUUGGCGAUUGCGUAAUUUAUUUAAUAAUCAUGGUCAAAAUAAUUGGGCAGAUGUUUUAAAUAUGACUAUGCAAGAGUUAGUCGCUUCUAAUAGCUUUAGAAAUCCAAGCAGAGCAUAUUCUUAUGCUACCAACCCAGCUAAUAAUGCAGUUACAUUAGCAAAUAGUGGGUUAAUUCCAGCUCAUGGUCUGUAUCAAGACUGGAGAGAUAUUGGUGGAGAACCUACAGAUGAACCUGCUACAGAUUUCGCCGUUGGACAUAAUAAUCCUAUAGUAUUGCCAGAAAUUGGGCCUGGAGAGGCAAUUCAGUUGAUUAGAACUGAAUUUCCUACAGUAUUGCAGGAACAGCGUGAAGUACGAUUUGGAAAUCUUGCUCAAGAAAACGAUCCAGUUGAUGUCUUUUACAGAAAAGUGCAAAGGUCUGGUCGGCUACUUAAUUUCAGUGAUGAUGUUAUUGAAAAUCAAUUCUUUAGAGGUUUAUCUCCAGAAAACAUGCUCGAGGCAGAUAGAAUUGGUCCUAAUAAGCCAUUUAAUGAAUUGGUUGAUGCCUUAAAGAGAGUUGAAAAAAGGAAAGCUGAAAUGCGUUUGGGUUUGUCCAAUAGAAAUACUAGAAAAGCUAUAAUUCAGGAGAAGCAUAGUUCAGAUUCUCCAACUCAUACCAUAACUCCUGUACAAAUACCUCCUGUAUCACAGCAGGAGCCUAUAAUAUUGAAGCCUGCAACUUCAGGAAUUACGCAAGAGCAGAUAGAUCAAAUACUUAAAGCGCAUACCGAAAAAAUUAUGCAGAAUUUCCAGAAUCAACUUCAGGCUUUCCAAAAAGAGAUUGUACAUCAAGCACCCAUACAACAGCCAACACCUGUAGAAAGUAGGGAAUCUUGUCGCGAAAGAAUAUCAGAGGUUCUACAGCAAAUGAGAGAAGAUCGUGAAAAAAAUUAUUUAAGCAAUAUCAGUUUUCAAGAAGCUGGAAGAGAACUCCGUCAAUUGGAUCUCAAGCCAAUAGAUGUAGCAGUUGCCCGGAGAUUUGCUAAACGUAGAGAAAAAAGUAAAGAUAGGCAACUUGAUAAAUAUAUUGAUAACGUUCUUUCUGGUGAUCUUGGUAAGCUCAAUAUUAAUGAUGAAGAACCUACAAAAACUUCCAAUUUAUUAUAUGAGUCAGGGACUCAAGACAUUGUCUCUUCCAAUGAUAUCUUAGAUUUUGAUGACGAGUAUACCAUUUGUGCAGUUCGAAAAAAAAAAAGUAAAAUCUAG